UGAAGCACGGGUGAAGGCAGUGGAUAUAGACAUUUUUGUUUACAUUCAUUCUCUUCAUCUAUUGUUUGAUACCUUUAAAGUUUUUUUUUUAAAAGAAGGCCAGAGAGCCUUCAUAAAGAACCAUGAUAAAUUCCUUUAGUUAGGCUGUAGAGCUGAUCCCUACUAGUGACUCAAUUUGUAUGACGACCGCAUGACCACCUGGGUCAUCAGGAGAGAUCAGUCAACACGCAAGUGUGCCAUCAGGAGGAAUCAGUCAAAGAUGUUGGAAAUAUCACCCAUUUUACUAGAUUAAAAUGCUGCCAAUGGCAAUGUACUGUCUUAAACAUGUUUUCUCUCAGCUAAUGCCUCUAACCAUCUCUAUGGCCUUAGCGCAUUUUUCUGGGCGGUGGGUGCCAUAGCAACCGCUUAAGAAACAUUAUUAAUGUAGCUAGCUAGGCAGACACUAACUAAGACGUGGCAUUGACAUUCAGUUCCUCAAUAUUGCUUGAUACAAUGGUUAUAAGCGAUAUGGUUCAGCUAAGCGUCGUUUGCAUUAGUUGGUGCUAGAAUGGAUGACGACUGCAAUGGCCGUACCUACAUGUCAGGCAGUGGAGACUCAUCAAUGGAGAGGGAGUUUUCAGGGGCCCUAGGAGGGCCCACAGUGAGCACCCCGAACAGCCAGCACACUUCCCCCAGCCGCUCGCUUAGUGCCAACUCCAUCAAAGUGGAGUUGUACAGUGACGAGGAGGCGGGCCGCGGCACAGGGCCAGAGGAUGAGAGAGGAGAAAGGGUGGAGGAGGGGGGUUCUGAGCAGGGCGGAGAGGCUGAUGGAGGUGGGGGGGGCUACAGGGAGCUUGCCAGCCCAGAACCCAUGUCUCCCGGGGGGGCCAUCCGGCUACCAAACGGAAAGCUCAAGUGUGACAUUUGUGGGAUGAUCUGCAUUGGGCCCAACGUCCUCAUGGUGCAUAAACGGAGCCACACAGGUGAGCGUCCGUUCCAGUGUAAUCAGUGCGGGGCCUCCUUUACCCAGAAGGGAAACCUGCUGCGUCAUAUUAAGCUGCACUCUGGGGAGAAGCCUUUUAAAUGCCCCUUCUGCAGCUAUGCAUGUCGCAGACGGGAUGCUCUAACAGGCCACCUCCGCACUCAUUCGGUGUCGUCUCCCACAGUGGGGAAGCCCUAUAAAUGUAGUUACUGUGGCCGGAGCUAUAAGCAGCAGAGCACCCUGGAAGAGCACCGUGAACGCUGCCACAGUUACCUACAAAGCCUGGAGACACAGCAGCCGGCCAGCGCUCACACUCAAGGAGAAGACUUGAGGGACCUGGAGUUCAUGCCUGACAACCUGCUCCAGCCUUCCUCCGACAAGAUGGCGUUCAUUGAUCGGUUGGCCAACAGCAUCACCAAACGCAAGAGAUCCACACCACAGAAAUUUGUAGGACAGAAACACAUGCGCCUAAGUCUGGCUGACACGCCUUAUGAGCUCAGCGCCGCCUUUGACAAGGACGGGGAGACCCCCCACGGUGCCCUGGAGCAGCCACACUACACCGGCCUGGGAGGGGGAUACCUUGGAGGGCUAGGGGGAGGCGGGGGAAGUUGUGGUGGUGGAUCUGAAAGCCUCCGAACCCUACGGCUGCCGCUCCCUCACCCUUCCUGCCUGUCGGAGCUCCGGCCAGUGAUCAGCUCUGCUCACACCCCCAUGGCUCCCCUGGGGCCCAGGCUGGACUGCACAGGGGCUGGGGCGGGUCUAGGGUCCAUGGGAGUUGGGGGCAGGGAGGCCGCAGAAGGCCACGAGGACUUACCCCCUGGCCGCAGUCACGCGUCGUCGCCUAGCAACGGUUGCCAGGACUCCACGGACACCGAGAGCAUGCCGGACGAAGGGCUAAUCAGCGUGGCGCCUUCCCUGCCUAUCCACAACAACAAUCACCACAACCUCAACCACCUCCACUCUAACCACCACCCUCCCCCUCCGCCCCUACUGCACCACAGGGGCAGGGACAGGAACAGCCCCAGCCACGCCAAAGACAGGGACGGAGUGAGGGAGAAGGACAGGGAGGAGGGUGGCCCCCCUGCUGCCCCCCCGGCCCCAGGCUCCCCCGGCUCCAGGGAGGUUUUUCGGGUGGUGGAUGGCGAGGGACACACGGUGCGCUCUUUCCGCUGUGAGCACUGCCGCAUGCUCUUCUUGGACCAUGUCAUGUUCACCAUCCACAUGGGCUGCCACGGCUUCCGCCAGCCCUUCGAAUGCAACAUCUGUGGCCACCGCAGCCAGGACCGCUACGAGUUCUCUUCGCACAUUGUCCGCGGAGAGCACCUGCUAGGCUAAGGCUAGUUAGUCGAGCUUCUGUACUGAGGGCUGUUUUUACUCUGAGAGAAGGGUCUGUGUGGGUUUGGUUUGCAUCACAAUUGGG